GUUGAACUCCAAACAUCCAUCAAUUCAUAGCAGUCCGAGACUCUCUUCCAUCUGUCCAUCCAUUCCUCGACUUCCUCAAAAUCUUGCAUUCCCAACGUCACCUCUGCCCAAUUUGACACCACAUAUCUGAACGAGUCCGGCAAAUAUGUCCACGCUAGAAGAUCUUGAUGACCUGGAGCGCGACGAGAAGGAGCAGAAGAAGGAUGGGGAUGACAAGGGCAAGAAGGCCCCUGGUGACGGAGACUCAAAAGAUGCCGACAUGAAGGAUGCAGAAGCCGAGAAGAAAGAUGAAGAAGAGGAAUACAUUGAUUCGGAAAUCCUUCAGUCAAAUACCAGAGACAUCAUCAACCGGCGGCGGUUACUUGAGAACGAGUUGAAGAUACUUAAGAGCGAGUUUCAACGGUUGAAGCACGAAGAAACCACCAUGAAGGACAAGAUCAAGGACAACUUGGACAAGAUUGAGCAGAACCGGCAAUUACCCUACCUCGUCGGCAAUGUUGUCGAGCUUCUCGAUUUAGAUGUCGAGGCCGAAGCAGCAGAAGAAGGAGCAAACAUCGACCUCGACGCCACCCGAGUAGGCAAAUCCGCAGUGAUCAAGACCAGUACAAGACAGACCAUCUUCCUACCUCUAAUCGGGCUGGUGGACCACACCAAGCUUAAACCCGCCGACCUCAUCGGUGUCAACAAGGAUUCAUACCUCGUUCUCGAUACUCUGCCUGCGGAGUACGACUCCAGAGUAAAGGCUAUGGAGGUUGACGAAAAGCCAACCGAGAAGUACACGGAUGUUGGUGGUCUUGACAAACAGAUUGAAGAGCUUAUUGAGGCAGUGGUAUGGCCCAUGAAGGAGGCAGAAAGAUUCAAGAAAAUUGGUAUCAAGGCUCCUAAAGGAGCUCUGAUGUAUGGACCUCCCGGAACCGGCAAGACUCUCCUUGCUCGUGCGUGUGCGGCUCAAACGAACGCCACCUUCCUCAAGCUGGCUGGUCCUCAACUGGUUCAGAUGUUUAUCGGAGACGGUGCCAAACUCGUCCGAGAUUGCUUCGCCCUAGCCAAAGAGAAGGCUCCGUCAAUCAUCUUCAUUGACGAACUGGAUGCUGUGGGCACCAAGCGUUUUGACUCUGAGAAGAGCGGUGAUCGAGAAGUCCAGCGAACAAUGUUGGAACUGCUCAACCAGCUGGAUGGUUUUGCUUCAGAUGAAAGAAUCAAAGUGCUGGCGGCCACAAACAGAGUCGACGUGCUCGAUCCCGCUUUGCUGCGUUCAGGACGUCUGGAUCGAAAGAUUGAAUUCCCGCUACCCAACGAAGAGUCACGGGCGCAGAUUCUGCGAAUCCAUUCCAGGAAGAUGACCGUGGACGAAGGCAACGUCAAUUGGAACGAGCUUGCUAGGUCUACCGAUGAGAUGAAUGGAGCCCAACUGAAGGCCGUUUGUGUGGAAGCUGGCAUGAUCGCCCUUCGCAAAGGACAAAGCAAGAUCAUUCACGAGAAUUAUGUGGAUGCCAUCGCCGAAGUCAUGGCCAAGAAGAAGGAUACGGUGAACUUCUAUGCAUGAUCCUUUUCGUACUUUCAGCAUACCACAAGCGUUCGGAGGUUAUCAUGGUCGACUGUACAGAGUAGCAAGUCGUGGGUGCAAUGCAGGAAUAGAUCAGCAGUGACGACUGCGCGUCUCGCGUGGCAUGGCAUGGCUC